AUCUUCCCAUUCCCAUGCAACCAAGCCCAGCUCUUCAAACAGAUAUAAGGAGAAAUCUCCCACUCCCACAUCACAGGGGGCUCUUGGUCUCCUCUCAAGCUGCUCUUCUUUUCCAGCUUCAUAACCUUGCUCUACUAAAUCUACCAUUCCCACGGAGCCACGAUGAGCCGGCAAUUCAGCUCCAGAUCAUUGUCAACAGGAGGAAGAAGGGGCUAUUCUGUUUCUGGCAGUGGCUACAGAGCGAGCAGUGGCUCAUCGUCCCUCAUUCCUCUUGGAGGAACGGGAGCUUUAACUGGUGGCUUUGGCAGCAGAAGUCUCUAUGGCCUUGGUGGAAGCAAGCGGAUAUCUCUGGGCCUAGUUUCUGGUGGUGGAGGAGGUUUCGGUGGAAGAUGCUUAGGUGGUGGUGGUGGUCUAGGAUUCAGCAGCUAUAGUACUGCAAAUUAUGGAGGUUUUGGCAGUGGUGGUGGAGGCUUUGGCAGUGGUAUGGGCCUUGGUGGUGGUGCAGGUUUUGGUGGUGGUGCAGGCCUUGGAGGUGGUGCAGGCCUAGGAGGCUUUGGUGCUGGAGGAUUUGCCAUUUCGGGCCCUGGGCCCAUUCCACCACAUGGGCGCAUCCAUAAUGUUAUUGUGAACAAGAAUUUAUUGACUCCACUCCACACGGAAGUUGAUCCUGAGCUUCAGAGGGUUCGGAUGCAAGAAAGGGAACAGAUCAAAUCCCUCAACAACAAAUUUGCCAGCUUCAUUGACAAGGUACGAUUCCUUGAGCAACAGAACAAAGUGCUGGAGACCAAAUGGGACUUGCUCUAUCAGCAGGGCACUCCAGCUCUGAGGGACAAUCUCGAGCCCCUCUAUGAGAGUUAUAUCGACAGUCUCCGCCGGCAGCUGGAAAGUCUCAUCACUGAUAAAAACCACCUGGAUAUUGAACUGAAGAACACGCAAGGGCUUGUCGAGGAUUUCAAGAACAAAUAUGAGGAUGAAAUUAACAAACGUACAGCUUGUGAGAACGACUUUGUGGUGCUCAAAAAAGAUGUGGAUGGUUCUUACAUGCACAAGAUUGAUCUGGGAUCCAAGGCAGAUUCCUUGACACAGCACAUCCAGUUCUUGAGAGCACUCUUUGAUGCGGAACUUGCUCAGGUGCAGUCGCAAGUCAAAGACACCAGCGUCAUCCUCCAAAUGGAUAACAACAGAGAUCUGGACCUGAACAGCAUCAUUGCUGAAGUCAAAGCUCAGUAUGAAGAUAUUGCCAACAGAAGCAGAGCUGAGGCAGAAGCCUGGUACCAAAGCAAGUACCAGGAGCUCCAAAGCACGGCUACCAAACAUGGCGAUGACUUGAAAUGCACCAAAGAUGAGAUUGCAGAAUUGAGCCGGAUUGUCCAAAGACUUCGUGCUGAAAUUGAAAUUGUGAAGAAAGCGGUUAACGGUCUACAUUCUUCCAUAGCUGAAUCUGAGCAGCGUGGGGAGCUGGCACUCAAAGAUGCUCGGACAAAGUUGCUUGACCUUCAGACUACCCUACAGACCCGCAAGGAUGAGCUGGCUCGCCUACUGCGUGAUUAUCAGGAGCUAAUGAAUGUGAAAUUGGCUCUGGACAUUGAGAUCGCCACCUAUAGAACACUGCUGGAGGGAGAGGAGAGCAGGAUGUCUGGAGAGUGUCAAACUCCUGUCAAUAUCUCUGUGAUCAGCAGUUCCAAUUCUAUCAGCGGCGGAUACGGUGCUGGAGGAGGAAGCGGAUAUGGAGUCGGAGUUGGAGGAGGAGGCGGCGGCUAUGGAGUUGGAGGAGGAAGUGGAUACAAUAUGGGAGGAGGAAGUGGAUACGAUGUUGGGGGAAGUGGAUUGAGCCUUGGUGGGGGAGGUGGUGGUGGUGGUGGACAUGGACGCAUCAGUGUUGGAGGAGGAGGAAUCAGCCGACUUAGCAGUGGGGGCAGCCUAACUGGGGGCAGUGGAUAUGGCUAUCGUGGGGGAAGUUCAAGUGUGAAAUUUGCAUCAUCCACAUCAAGCAAGAGAAUAAGUAGUUAAGGUUGUUGUUGUU